UCAACCUUUGGCGAAAGAAUCUAGCGUUAUAUCCUCCCUCAACUUCAUAUUUAAAAACCCUCACCCGAAGCAAUUCUCACCAAUCUCUUCUUUCACUAGCAAUAUGGAAACCAUUCGAUCCACACCCACAAACGUUUCCUUCUCCAACUACCUCCAGUCCCUCUCCCAAACCCCUCACAGGCUUAGAAAAAGAAUGCUAGCUACUUGGACUCCUGACCAGGAACUUAACCAGGUUAGGCUAAGGUCUGGUGCAGAUAUGAUGAGGAAACUCAAGUGGUAUGACCUGAUAGCUCUUGGAAUAGGAGGGAUGCUUGGUGUUGGAGUUUUUGUUACCACUGGCUUUGUGGCCCAUAAAAUCUCUGGCCCUUCAGUUUUUAUCUCUUAUAUCAUUGCUGGCAUAUCAGCUCUUCUUUCUUCUUUAUGUUACACUGAAUUCUCUGUUCAGAUUCCUGUUGCUGGGGGUGCCUUCAGCUACCUAAGGGUGACUUUUGGAGAGUUUGUAGGUUAUUUUGCUGGGGCAAACAUUCUGAUGGAAUAUGUAUUAUCGAAUGCUGCGGUUGCAAGAAGUUUCACGGAAUAUCUAUGCCAUGCUGUGGGAGAGAACCCAAACUCAUGGAGAUUCGAAGUGGAUGGACUAGUAGAGGGUUACAAUAAGUUGGAUUUUCCAGCUGUGGCUCUUAUUCUUCUCCUUACUCUCUGUCUGUGCCAUAGUACAAAGGAAAGCUCAGUAUUGAACCUUGUUAUGACGGUCUUUCAUUUGAUUUUCUUUGGAUUCAUUAUAAUUGCUGGUUUCUAUAAAGGGAGUUCCAAGAACUUGGUUGAGCCCGGAGGGCUUGCUCCUUUUGGUGUCAAGGGUAUUCUUGAUGGAGCAGCUAAGGUUUAUUUCAGCUAUAUUGGCUAUGACUCGGUUUCAACCAUGGCAGAAGAGAUCCGAAACCCUGCAAAAAGCCUUCCAGUGGGCAUAGUAGGAUCUGUUCUCAUUGUCACCGGGCUAUAUUGCCUCGUGGCCUUAUCUUUAUGUUUUCUGGUCCCUUACAAUAUGAUAGAUAAAGAUGCAUCAUUUUCUGUCGCUUUCCAAAAGAUCGGUUGGAAGUGGGCGGGCAAUGUGGUUGGGGCCGGAGCAAGCUUGGGAAUUGUUGCUUCUCUCCUGGUUGCCAUGUUAGGCCAAGCUAGAUACCUUUGUGUUAUUGGAAGGGCCCGGCUUGUGCCUUCUUGGUUGGCCAAGGUGAAUCCCUCCACAGGCACCCCUUUGAAUGCUACACUCUUCUUGGGUCUUUGCACAGCUUCAAUUGCACUCUUUACCGAACUCAGCAUAAUUCUUGAUAUAAUUUCCAUCAGCACACUCUUGGUGUUCUACUUGGUGGCAAAUGCUCUCAUCUAUCGUCGAUAUGUUAUCGUUAGCCACAACCCUCCUUCACAAACCCUCUUGUUCCUCUUCCUGCUCUCUUCUUGUUCAAUUGGCUUCUCUAUGUCUUGGAAACUUGAAGAGCAGUGGUGGGUUUUACCAGUAUUUGGUGGAUUCAUGAUUACGAUCACAGCCUUCUUUCAAUACAUGGUACCUUCCAUUUGCCAAACUAAUGAAGAGUGGUCAGUGCCAUUCAUGCCAUGGCCGGCUGUAGCAUCAAUAUUCCUUAAUGUCUUCCUCGUGACAUCACUAAAGAUUCAGUCCUUCCAAAGGUUUGGUAUAUGGGCAUGUUUGAUAACAUUGUUUUAUGUUCUAUACGGUGUUCACUCAACUUAUCGAGCUGAAGAGAUGGAAGUGGGUGUUGGUGAAAUCUCACACCCAUCAACCCAACAAAGCAAGCUAGAUAUUCAGCUGCUAUGACAACGACGACGACGACAGCGCAGCAGCAGCAAAAAAAAAAAAACCCUCUUUGUUGUCGUUUACCCUGUUGUCUUUCUCUUUUUUUGUCCUUUUAAACACUCCUUUUAGUUUCUUUGGGUUGUUACAAUAUAUAUAUAGAUUUCAUGGAAAUCCUAUUAUGAAAAGGGAAAUUGUCAUUUGUCGUGAAAAUAUAGAAUGAACAAAUCAAUAGAAAAGGUAAAUAUGAACAAAAUAAAGGGAAAAAAAAGGUAUGUGAGAGAGAUUUUCUCUAAUUGAUGUUUGUUUGGUUACACUUUCUCUUU